GCGAGAGAGACAGCGGGCCCCCGCGCGCGGCUCGGGGCUGGGGCGCCAGAAGUGGGACUGGAGCGAAGUAGAGCGAUGCCAAGGAGGAAACAGCAGGCACCCAAGCGGGCGGCAGGCUACGCCCAGGAGGAACAGCUGAAGGAAGAGGAGGAAAUAAAAGAAGAGGAGGAGGAAGAGGAAGACAGCGGCUCGGUAGCUCAACUUCAGGGCAGCAAUGACCCAGGGACAGACGAGGAGCUAGAGACGGGGGCCGAGCAGAAAGGCUGCUUCAGCUACCAGAACUCUCCAGGGAGUCAUCUGUCCAAUCAGGACGCCGAGAACGAGUCCUUGCUGAGUGACGCCAGUGACCAGGUGUCAGACAUCAAGAGCGUGUGCAGCCGAGAUGCCUCAGACAAGAAAGCUAGCGUGCACCCCAAGCUCCCCACCGAAGCCCACAGUUGCAUGGAUAAGAUGACCGCUGUCUAUGCCAACAUCCUGUCUGAUUCCUACUGGUCCGGCCUGGGACUUGGCUUCAAGCUGUCCAACAGCGAGAGGCGGCAUUGUGACACCCGAAAUGGCAGCAGCAAGACUGAUUUCGACUGGCACCAGGACGCUCUGUCCAAAAGCCUGCAGCAGAACUUGCCUCCCAGGUCGGUGUCCAAGCCCAGCCUGUUCAGCUCGGUCCAGCUGUACCGGCAGAGCAGUAAGAUGUGCGGGACCGCCUUCACCGGGGCCAGCAGGUUCCGGUGCCGGCAGUGCAGCGCCGCCUACGACACCUUGGUGGAGCUGACUGUGCACAUGAACGAAACGGGCCACUAUCAAGACGACAACCGCAAAAAGGACAAGCUCAGGCCCACGAGCUAUUCCAAGCCCCGGAAAAGGGCCUUCCAGGACAUGGACAAAGAGGACGCUCAGAAGGUUCUGAAAUGUAUGUUUUGUGGCGACUCCUUCGAUUCCCUCCAAGAUUUGAGUGUCCACAUGAUCAAAACAAAACAUUACCAAAAAGUGCCUUUGAAGGAGCCCGUUCCAACCAUUUCAUCAAAAAUGGUCACUCCGGCGAAGAAACGCGUCUUUGACGUCAAUCGGCCGUGUUCCCCUGACUCGACCACGGGCUCGUUUGCAGAUCCGUUUCCUGCUCAGAAGAACGCCAGCCUGCAGCUCUCCUCCAACAAUCGCUAUGGCUACCAGAAUGGGGCCAGCUACACCUGGCAGUUUGAGGCCUGCAAGUCCCAGAUCUUGAAGUGCAUGGAGUGUGGGAGCUCCCAUGACACUUUGCAGCAGCUCACCACCCACAUGAUGGUCACCGGUCACUUUCUCAAGGUCACCAGCUCCGCCUCCAAGAAAGGGAAGCAGCUGGUGUUAGAUCCACUGGCCGUGGAGAAGAUGCAGUCAUUGUCAGACGCCCCAAGCAGUGAUUCUCUGGCUCCCAAGCCGUCGAGUAACUCAGCUUCUGACUGCACAGCCUCUACAACCGAGUUGAAGAGAGAGAGUAAAAAAGAAAAACCGGAGGAGCUCCGCAAGGAUGAGAAAGCCCUGAAGAGCGAGGACUAUGAAGACCCUCUCCAAAAGCCUUUAGACCCUGCGAUGAAGUAUCAGUAUCUACGGGAGGAGGAUUUGGAGGAUGGCUCAAAGGGCGGGGGGGACAUUUUGAAGUCAUUGGAGAACACGGUUACCACCGCCAUCAACAAAGCCCAGAACGGAGCUCCCAGCUGGAGCGCGUACCCCAGCAUCCACGCGGCCUACCAGCUGUCGGAGGGCACCAAGCCUUCUUUGCCCAUGGGCUCCCAGGUGCUGCAGAUUCGCCCCAACCUCGCCAACAAGUUGAGGCCAAUCGCACCCAAGUGGAAAGUGAUGCCGCUGGUUUCCGUGCCCACAAGCCUGGCCCCGUACACUCAAGUUAAGAAGGAGCCAGAAGACAAAGAGGAAGUCGCGAAGGAGUGCGGGAAGGAAAGUCCCCAUGAAGAGGCAUCGUCCUUCAGCCACAGUGAGGGGGAUUCUUUCCCCAAAAGCGAACCCCCGGCAGAAUCCAAAAAGGCUGAGCCCUGUCCCCUGAGGGAGGAGGACAAGCGGAUGAAAGACGGCGGCGAGAAAGAGAAACCCCAGCCCGUGGAGCCCGUGUCUUCUCUCAGCAACGGCUGCGCCCUGGCCACCCACGCUCCGGCCCCGCCGUGUGUCAACCCGCUCAGUGCCCUGCAGUCCGUCCUGAACAAUCACCUGGGCAAAGCCACGGAGCCCUUGCGAUCCCCGUCCUGCUCCAGCCCGAGCUCAAGCACAAUGGCCAUGUUCCACAAGUCGAGUCUCAGUGUCAUGGACAAGCCGGUUCUGAGUCCUGCCUCCACCAGGCCGGCCAGCGUGUCCCGACGCUACCUGUUUGAGAACAACGAUCAGCCCAUCGACCUGACCAAGUCCAAAAGUAAGAAGGCCGAGUCCUCGCAAGCACAAUCCUGCACGUCCCCACCCCAGAAGCACGCUCUCUCUGACAUCGCAGACAUGGUCAAAGUCCUGCCCAAAGCCACCACCCCGAAGCCCGCCGCCUCCUCCAGGGUCCCUCCGGUGAAGCUGGAGAUGGACGUCAGGCGUUUUGAGGACGUGUCCAGCGAGGUCUCGACCUUGCAUAAAAGGAAAGGCCGACAGUCCAACUGGAACCCUCAGCAUCUUCUGAUCCUGCAGGCUCAGUUUGCCUCCAGCCUCUUCCAGACCUCGGAGGGCAAAUACCUGCUGUCCGACCUGGGUCCCCAGGAGCGAAUGCAGAUCUCGAAGUUCACGGGACUCUCAAUGACCACCAUCAGCCACUGGCUCGCCAACGUCAAGUACCAACUUAGGAAAACGGGCGGGACGAAAUUUCUGAAAAACAUGGACAAAGGACACCCUAUCUUUUACUGCAGUGACUGUGCCUCCCAGUUCCGAACGCCUUCGACCUACAUCAGCCACUUAGAAUCUCACCUAGGCUUCCAAAUGAAGGACAUGACCCGCAUGGCCGUGGAACAGCAGAGCCAAGUGGAGCAGGAGAUCUCCCGGGUGUCGUCGGCUCAGAGGUCACCGGAAACCAUAGCUGGCGAAGAGGACACGGACUCUAAAUUCAAGUGUAAGUUGUGCUGUCGGACAUUUGUGAGCAAACAUGCAGUAAAACUCCACCUAAGCAAAACGCACAGCAAGUCACCCGAGCACCAUGCCCAGUUUGUAACAGACGUGGAUGAGGAAUAACUCUGCAGGUAUGGGUUUGCGCCCAGGUGGUUGGGACAGUACCUCUGUGAGGAGCUUCUAGAAAGGGGCCUUUUAGAGGCAGCUGAUGGCUCCCUAGACCAAGAGGGCCGUGGCCUGCUGGAAUAGCACUAGCUUUCAUGAACGGCUAGAAACAGGACGAAUCGGUCCUGACGAUUCUCUGUUUCUCCCCAUUAGCGUUGGAACAUAGAACCAAAUGGGUUUAGAAGGACGGAGCUCUCGGGUUACUGCUCUGGGGUACGCGAUCCCCUUCGUCACCCAGGGCCCAAUUCCCAAGGUCCAGCCCAGGCUACCCCUCGGUUUAAUGAAUAAGUACUGACUUCCCUUACUGUUCCAUUUUACCACCUCUCCUUCCAUAGUAACACUAAUGAUUUAUAAAGUGAUGACAAUUUAAAAAAGAAAAAAAAAAAAGUGAGCCACGGAAUGAAGGUGGUUGAGUUCCUAGGGGCAGCCCCUGUACAGAGACUUCUUAAUCAGCUCGUGAAUAGUGUAAGGCUGUCUUUGUCAUUAUUACUCGUAAUUAGUGCUUUUUGCAGCUUACUGGCAACAGUUGCUACCUUCCACUCCCUCCUCUUUGUUUACUUCCUAUCCAUUAGGUUUCCGGCGAAAGGGAAUUUGCCCUGUAGUCGGAAGGUAGGAAAAUAUUCUUCUCUGCGGAACGCUGAGAUGAAAAGAGGGGAAGCUUCUUUUCUUCCCUCGCCCUUUGGUUUUCCUUAAGAUAAGGCUAAUCUCAGAGUCUCAGAGUUUAACAAAGGUAGAUACAGCGCCUGGCCUUGAGAGUUUAUUUUACGGAAAGAAACAAAUGGCUCUGCACCCUCGCUGCCAAGGCACCUGGGGUCCCGCGGCGUCAUGAUAGUUUGCAUCAUGUCUCAUCGAAGUUCCAGGCCUGGCAGAGUCACCAGUGCCUAGACUAUCUAUGUCACCUUCAGGAAAAGGGACAGAGUUCAAGGUCAGAUACCUUGGCAGACGAGUCCCACCAGCCGUCUUCCGAUGUUGAGUAUGAGCAAGGCUGAAAUUCUUUCCCUCGCCCUUGAUGGAUUUUUCUCUAUUUCCUUUUCUCCCCCCUCCGUCACCAUACCCCCCUUCCAUGUGCCGGCGACCCUCUCAUAUUCAGGUUGUCCUCCUCCUCAGGCCAUAGCCCUAACAUGGGGGUGCAGCCUGAUUUAAGCCUUCAGCACUUGCCAGUCCAGUUUAUGUCGUGCUAGUUUAUAGAUGAGCUCUUUUGGUUAAGUUUUCAGUAAGAUAUGAACAGUUAGUAGUAGUUUACAGUUGAUUUUUGAACAACGUGGGGGUCGGAGGCGCCGACCCUCUGGGCAGUGGAAGAUCCCUGUGUAAGCUGUAGCAGGCCCCUCUCUGCCUCCGCCACAUCCGCAGUUCUGCAUCUGCAGAGUGCGUAGUGCAGUAGUAUGUACAAUGGAAAAAUAGCCACGUGUAAAUAGCCCCACGCAGUUCAGACCCGUGCAGUUCGAGGGUCAGCCUUGAAAGUCCUCACCACCUCCUACUGUCAGAAUGCUUCUUCCAAAGAGGAGGCUUUCGAUGGAGCUACCAAGCUCUGAGCUCUGAGUUCCAAGCGGGGGUGGGUAUUCAGUGGUGUAACUUUGGGUGGACUUCACAUCCCAUAGGGAGAACAGUGUAUGCAGGCAUAGUCGGGAUGAAAUGAAGGGUUAAAACCCGGGGCUGUUCCCCCAGGAGCUUCCGAUAAAGGGGGAACCCCUCCUAUAACGAAUGGUUGUCUGGGCCCAACUGAGGACUUUUGCUUUGUUUGCAUGUUUUUAAUCAUGAUAAUUAAAACAUAUCACUGGUGGUUUCAUCUCUUGCUUUGCAAGCAUGACUCGUUCAGCUCACACUAUUGAAAGAGAAGCUGAAAUGCAUCCGUUGAAUCUAGGCGUGAGCUUGAGGCUCCACCACACCUAUUUAUUUGCUAUAUAACAUUUUAAAUUUUAUGUAACUUGCUAUUAUGCCUUUCCGGUCUUUCAAAAAAAAAAAAAAGAUCUUAAAAGGUAGAUGUACACAGAAUACACAGAGAGAAAUGGUUCCAAUUCCAGAGUGGUCGGUCCAAACCACGGUGAAGAGGACAAAUAGAUGGUGUGUAUUUGUGCCGCAGUAAAGACUGGUUUUCCACCUGUUAGGUUUGUAAUCAUUUUUUAAAAAUUAAUAUCACAGCCAAAACAUUGCAAUGUGUAAAUAGAGAAUGGGGAGGGGAAAAAAAGCCUCAGUCAAAAUCUGAAAUGCACAUAACUCUUCUAAGGAAGCAAAGAAAAACCAAUAAUUUGAGAAAACCUACCCAAAGAUACAUCCUUUCUAUGUAUUUAGAGUCUAUUAAAUUCGUAGAAAGGAGAGCUCUCUUGUCAUCCCUCUGCAUUUGUGCAGAAUAGAUAUUGCUAAUUUGGCCCUUCCGCGCACCCCAUUAUGGAAUUACCGUUACGUGAAAACAAAGCUCCGCCCUUCUGUAAACACUGUUCUACUCUGAUGCGGAGAGAGAACUGCAGAAAAAUGGGACUUGAGCGUUUGGGAUUCAUUCAAAGCGAUGGGAGUACAUUUGCGUUGUGUGUGUACAAAAAGAGAUGCUGGUGCUUAGCGUCUGUGUUGACACCAGAGACAUGCCCGCCUGCCUGAAUGGGUCCCACACCUGCGCAAAGGUGGCGUUCUGAUGUUUUGGUCACCUCGAACAGAGUCCCUCCACCGCAUGGUCCUCGAUUAGAACUCCUGAAGCAAAACUUGCCCGCUGCUUAGAAUUAUGCAUAUAUGUUUUUAAAUGGUCACAGAAAGAGAUCACUGUUAUGUGGAAUUCUAAUUUUAGUGGGUAUGCCUGAUAGCACAAAUUGUACAAGAUGACAUGUUUUAGGAAGCAGGGUCAAGAUUUGAUGGGAAAUUUGGGAACUUGACUGUAUCUAUGAGAUGCAAGUUUUGACCUGAAUUUUCUUUCCUUUCUUAGAUAGGUCUUAAAUUCUGCAAA